UGAAGGGAAGAGAAGCGCCGCCGCCGCCGCGGGGGGAGAUGGCCCCCGCCGCCCCCGCGCCGGCGCCGGCCGCCACCGCCUGCUCAUCGUCGGCGAGCUCCGCGCGCCCGCCCUCCACCGCCUCCUCCUCCUCCCAGUCGCCGCCCAGGCGCACGGUCCCGGCGCUCCUCCUCUUCACCUCCCUCGCCGCCCUCCUCAUCCUCUCCUCCGGCGAGGCCCACGACGCCGACGCCGACGCGGCGUCCGGCCGCCCCCUCAAAGAUGUUGGUUUGGAAAAUCCGGAGGUGACUUUUGCUCCCUCAUCCAUGGGUGGGAUUUUCUGUGAGAGGGUCCGCAUUUCUGGAAUGCCAAGGUGGCAGUUUCAAAGCUACGCAAAUCAAAUACAUGUUAGAGUGAAUGUUUCUCAUUCAAUGCCAGAAAAGUUCCAUUGGAAAAUACAGAUUUGCUUUCAUGGGAAUGCUUCUACGGGUCUGUGCCAAUGUGAGAUGGGUGAAUGGCAAGUUCUGCAAGGUGGCAUGUGGAACGCAGUGAAGUCUCCAUAUGUGAGCAGAUAUGUUGAUGUGAAACUGACUGAUAAGAAAUCUACUGUCUUCAGCCUCUCCAUUCAGGAUGAGCUUCAGAAGUGGCGCUUAGCUUGCCUUGGUAUUGGAUUUGUCCUGUUAUUCCUGUCACCCAUCGUUAGUAAAUGGGCACCUUUUUACUAUAGCAGCUCUAUGGCACUUGGAAUCCUGCUUGUGGUGCUGAUUGUCCUUUUCCAGGGGAUGAAACUGCUACCAAUGGGCAAAAAAGGUUUAUUUUACCUUACAAUUUAUGGAUCUGUGUUGGGUGUUGGCUCCUACGCUGCACACUACUUCUCCUCAAUGGUUGCCUCUAUUCUGGAAAACUUUGGCUUGAGUGAGGAGAUGCACAACCCUGUGUCAAUCUUUCUGCUGGUAGCAGUUGUCUUGACCGGAGCUGGUUUUGGCUAUUGGAUGGUGAGGAGAUUUAUCAUUUCAAAAGAUGGCAGUGUUGAUGCCGGGAUAGCACAGUUUGUGAAGUGGGCUAUGCGUGUUGUUGCAAUGUUCUUUGUUAUGCAGAGCACACUGGACCCUAUUCUAGCAUCGGCUGCUCUAGCUGCUAGCUGGUGGAUUUGCUCUGUACUGACAGCAAAAAAAGUUCACAAGCCAACAGCACCGAAGCGAAAACAAUUAAAUGUUCCUUCUCAUCGAAGGUUUACUCAAGUAUCACCCAACACCCGCCAGGUCCAGUUCUUAAGUCCAUCAUCAGGGGCGGGUACUGGAAGAGCCACAACAACACAGUAUGGUUGGAACAAUUUAGCCAAUGGAGGUCUGGUCCCCAAAGCAGUCAGAAAGAGGGUAGCACCCAAUCAAGAUGAAGACUACUAUUCCACCUUCCACAACAUCGAACCAAGGAAAUACUCAAAGAGAGAAUGGGAGGAGUUCACCGAGGAAUCGACCAGAAACGCUCUGAUGGAACACACAGCGACCCCAGAGUUCGCCCAAUGGGCUGCUGACAAUGCUCACCGGUUGCGGGUGGAGCGGGACGACGUGUCCGAGGACGAGUCGAUCGAGAGCUACUCUAGCUCUUCCGAAGAAGCCGAGAAAGGCGGAAAAGCUUCUCGUCUGUUGAGCAGGUGUGUGAGAGUAGCAUUUCAAGGAUCUUUAUCUCUUGUUAGCUGGGCAUGGGUUGGUUCGACAAUUGGAGCUGGAGUAUAUGUUCUUGUGGGAACAGUUGCCAGGGAGCAUGCUGGUCCAGCAUUGGCAGUUUCAUUCCUGAUAGCUGGAAUAGCUGCUGCACUUUCAGCAUUCUGUUAUGCCGAGCUUGCUAGCCGUUGCCCCUCUGCUGGAAGCGCCUAUCAUUAUUCAUAUAUCUGCAUUGGCGAAGGUGUUGCCUGGUUGAUUGGCUGGUCGUUAGUGCUGGAAUAUACUCUUGGCGGAUCCGCUGUUGCCCGUGGAAUAUCCCCCAAUUUAGCCUUGUUUUUUGGAGGACCAGAUAGCUUGCCAUGGAUUUUAGCACGGCAUCAACUUCCAUGGUUUGACGUUAUUGUUGAUCCCUGUGCUGCCGCUCUUGUUCUUGCUGUCACUGCUUUAUUAUGCCUAGGGAUAAAAGAGAGCUCAUAUGUACAAGCAAUUGUGACGAUUAUGAAUGCUUGUGUGAUGCUAUUUGUGAUCAUAGCUGGUUGUUAUAUUGGCUUCCAGAUUGGAUGGGAGGGCUAUAAGGUUACUGACGGGUAUUUUCCAUAUGGAGUAAAUGGAGUGCUUGCUGGAUCAGCAACUGUUUUCUUUGCAUACAUAGGCUUUGACACAGUAGCGAGUACUGCCGAGGAGGUCAAGAAUCCACAACGAGAUCUACCUCUGGGAAUAGGAGCAGCAUUGUCUAUUUGCUGUUUCUUGUACAUGAUGGUCGCUGUUGUUAUUGUUGGGAUUGUACCGUAUUUUGCUAUGGACCCAGAUACACCUAUUUCAUCCGCCUUUGCAAAACAUGGAAUGCAGUGGGCAAUGUAUGUUGUGACAAGUGGUGCUGUUCUUGCACUGUGUUCAACCUUGAUGGGCUCACUUCUUCCACAGCCUAGAAUACUGAUGACCAUGGCAAGAGAUGGACUGCUGCCAUCUUUCUUCUCCGAUGUGAACAAGCACACACAAGUACCUGUCAAGGGCACAAUUGCGGCUGGUAUCUGUGCUGCUGCUCUGGCCUUUUUCAUGGACGUUUCUCAGUUGGCAGGAAUGGUCAGUGUAGGCACACUCCUAUCGUUCACCAUGGUGGCAGUAUCGAUCUUGAUACUCAGAUAUGUUCCUCCAGAGGAGGUGGUCCCUCUACCAUCACCUCGGCGAGAGUCAAUGGGUUUGAGCCAAGAAUAUGAUGAGGAAAAGGGCAGGGAUCCACUUGGAGAUGAGAUCUGCGACACAUCUCAAAUAAAGGAUUUGAUUAUGACAGAACCAAUGAAGGACCCUCUUCUCGAGAAGAAGCAACACAAAGGCACGAUGGAUGAGAUGAAGCGUCGGAAGAUAGCUGCUUUCAGCAUAGGGUCUGUUUGUCUAGGAGUUCUGGUCCUCACGGCUUCAGCUUCUGCCACAUGGCUACCUUUCCUACCGCUUUGCAUUGGUUGUAUUGUUGGUGGUGUGCUCCUUAUACCUGGUCUUGUUGUACUCUGCUGCAUUGACCAAGAUGAUGGCAGGCACUCUUUUGGUCAUUCUGGAGGAUUCAUGUGCCCCUUUGUUCCGUUUCUACCUGUUGUAUGCAUCCUCAUAAAUACAUAUCUGUUGAUAAACCUUGGCGGAGAUGCAUGGCUGAGAGUCGGCAUAUGGCUGCUGAUAGGUGUUUUCAUUUACAUUUUCUACGGGCGAACCCGCAGCUCGCUAGUCGAUGUUGUGUAUGUCCCUGUGGCCAAGGCCGAUGUACGCAGGAGUUCAUCUGGUUUCAUGUCCUAGAAAAGAAAGAACCGUCACAUCUUGGAGCUGGCAAAACCUCGCUGGCCCUCACCUGCGCAGCCAGAUAUCAGCCAGCCCGGAAGGGCCUGUUGAAUUGUUGGGAGCUUAGUCGUCGACAGGGUCUCAUUGAUUCAGUUUUUGGGGGGCGUGCAUGAGAAAGAUCAGCAUACAGACUAGAGUUUGGAUUGGGUGGUGUAGUGUGUGAUUGUUUGUAAUUCAUUCAUUCAUGUAUAAGCAAGCCCCUUGUAACGGAACGGGUGAAUACUGAUUGAAAAGAGAUGAUGGAAUCUUACAGAAAUUGCAACAGAAACCAUUC